UCCCUAAUGAUUCAAGUGGUACGUAAUUGAUAAUGAUAAAUUUUUUACAUUUGUUUUUAAAAAAAACUAGGUAAGUACCUAGGAAAUUUAUUAGUAGAGAAAAAAAUUCCCGAGGCAGUGCUUAAGACUUACUCCGUACAAUGAAAAAUCGUCUUAUAAUGACGGUGAUUUAAAAAAUAGUAAACUAUAUCGAAAAAAAGACUAGAUGGUAAACUUGUCCCCAUCUGAGACCUAUCACCAUUCAUGGACUGCCGCAUUUGGUGGGCAUAUUUGAGAAUCCUAAACAGUGAACGUCAAUAGUCAACAAGUCUAAACUAACUAACCCUUAAUCCGAAAUAGUCCAUUUGUAGAUCAAAGUAACCGGUUUCCGGAAAAUCAUCAACGGACCGGCUUUAGAAGAAUGGGCCGACAAAUCGGUCUUGGUAUGAUGGACCGGCGGGCCGGUUUAGAACAGAGCGCCGACGAACCGUUUUGGAGCACAAGAAUAAGAUCUGGUUGAAAUCAUAAGCAGCAUCAGGGAAAGCAUCACUUAGUCAGAACUGAGCGGGGCAGAUCUGGAGUCGAGGAUAGGAACGGAGCUGCUGAAGGCAACCGUUGGUGAUGGGACUGUCGGAGACGGUGGCUAUGGCUUCUUCUCUGGGUGGCAGAGCAGCGGCAAAUCUCAACGGCAUGAUCAUCGAUCGGCAAUACCAUCUUCGUCUUCCGGAUCGUCAGAGCACAACGGCAACCACAUCGAGCAGCGGCAGAGUUCGCCGGAUUUCCUCGAAGUGGGUCUUCAGAUCUGGUGGCGGAACCAGAGCUUGUGUAUUUGGAGCAAGAGGGGAGGAUGGUGUUUGCUUCGGAGCAGGAUCUUCUAUGCUAGUUCUGUUUUGCACUUGUCGUCGGACUCGGUGGAAACUCAGAUCUGGCGCGGGGCGAUCUGCAACCAUCAACAUGGUUGGGAUGAACAGUGCGGAGAUUCCGAUUCGGUCCGGCGCCUCAAAACGUCCCCUAUGUGUGUUAAAAAGCUCAUUUUUGGAAAAAGAUAAAGAUUUGGCUCCCCCAACCACCACUAAGGGUGGUUAGGGGAGGGUUUCCGGCGGUCUUUUUAGAGAGAGGUGAGAGAUAUAUUUUCUAGAGAGAGAGUAUAUAACCUAAGUGGUGGUUAGGGGAGGGUUUCCGGAAGCAUUGAAUCAAUUUUCGGACUCAACUUUUGGUCUACUUCUCCCAGGUUUCAUUGUUUUAUUUAUUUUUAAGAUGAUUUGUAACUAAAUUAUUUUAAUCUAGGGUUUUGGAUGUAGCCGCCGUACUAUUUAAAUUAAUUUAAUUCAUGAUUGUCACCUUUUCAUUAAAUGAUAUUUAAUAUUCUUGUUUUUAUUCCAUGUGAGUAUUUGAUCACCACUUGCAUGCUUUAAAGGUGCUAGUUGAAGUAGCGAGAGUGGAACGCUAGUGUUAGUUCGUAGGAAUAAUAAACUUAGGUAGUGAGCCACGACAGUAGGAACACCGCCUUUGCGACUAGUAAUUCCAUAGUUCUUAAUGUGCUUUUAUUAAUCCCUAUAGUCACGAGAAUAGUCAUAGGGUUAAUUUGAGUAAGAGAUUUAUAGCACGAGAGUGUAUAAAUUUUAAAUUGGUGAAUUGUCUUGAGAUUAAUGAAAGUCCAAAGACACAUAUCUUUAGAUUGAGUUAAGUUGAGUAGUCGGUAGGUGAACCCUUUGCCCUAGGUUUUCUUUUACUUCUUUAAUUUUAUUUUAAUUAUUAGUUUUAGGUUUAGUAUAAUUUAAAAUCAUUAUUAUUAGUUGUCUAAAUAAUAAUAAGAAAUAAUUUUAACCUGGUACUUAGUAUCCUUCUCUGUGGGAUCGACCCUGCUUGCUACUUUACUGCUAGUAAUUGUACUAAAUAGGUAAUUUUAUAUUUGACUAGUCCAACGACGACUUGUCAGGUUGGUGUUUGGCGCUGAGGAUGGUGACCAACGGACUUAUAUCUUCCGUACUAGGUGUUUGGUUGGGUGGUCUAAUGAAGUUGAUUUGGUAAUCAAUGGUGGAUUGAGUACUGAUUGUAUAAGUGAGGAAUUUUGCAUAGCAAACGGAAUCAAGAUGGAUCCGCAUACUAGACCAUACAAGCUUCAAUGGUUGAGUAAAGAGAUGGUCGUGGAUGUCACUAAGAAAGCCAUGGUAUCUUUUCAAGUUGGUGAGUAUAGGGAUGAAAUUUACUUUCAUGUAAUUCCUAUGUCUCUUUGUGAUAUUUUGCUAGAUAGGCCUUGGCAAUCAGAUGUAGAUAUUGUGCACCAUUGCUCGAAGGAUAUCUUUGUCUUUACUAAAGAGGAUAGAAAAUAUAUUCUUAAACCUUUGGCUUAUGAAGAAGUUAAAUCUGUGUGAGAGAAAAGACGUAAGAUAACAUAUACACAAGGGAGAGAAAAAGUCGAGAUAGUGACGCAAGAAAGUAAAAAUGGUCAUGCUGAGGUAAGACUUGAGGCAAGAGAAAACCAUGAAAAUAGUGUGGAAACAGAAAAAGAUGCACGCAAUGAGAGAAAAUCAAAGUGUCGUGAGGGUGAGGAUUUUACUAACCCUUAUAUCUCGUUUGUUCCUUGUGCAAGUUCAGAGGUUGAUGAUUCGAGGACGAAUCCUCUUAAAGAAAGAGGGGAUGAUGAGAAUCAUGUAGCCUUCAAUGGUGAUUCUCCUAGUGAGGGGAAUGAGCUAGUCCUUUAUUCUAGUUUUGGAAUGCCAAGUUUACUUUGCAGGUCAAUCAAAGAAGAAAGGAUGAAUCUUGACUACCUAUGUGAUAGGGAUUUGGUUCAAGAGAGCUACGAUCAAGAUGAUGAGAAUGUCAUUAACUUUGGGGUUCAAACCAAAGGAGAUGAUUCACUCAUGGAAAUAAGUGCUCAAGAGUAUCAAAGGAGUUUGACUCUAGGUGCUCCAUGAAGAUCAUUGAUCAAGCUAGAGAGAAGAGUCAUUUAGGUUUUUGAGUGGACGGCCUAUUUGAUCAAAGUGUUCAAGAUUGACUCCAUUGCUACACAAUUGGAUAGGUUGCUGACUAUCUCAAUUGUUUCAAGUGUUUUUCCAAUAUUUUUGAGUCAAUAAAGAGAAUUCUACAAGUUUUGGAGUAAAAUUGGAGUUCUCUACAACUUGAGGGGCGCAAGACCAAUAUUCCACGUUUGGAAGGGCGUUCAAGACAUUUUACUUCAAUAUUUGGAGCUGAUUUUCGAGAAUUAGAGUAUUAUCUAGUCAAGGAGUUUAUUUUUGAAUUUAUCUAGUUAAAUAAGUCAUGUUGACUGAAUUAAACUAGAGUGUUUUGAUUAGGAGUCUUAGAUUCCUUCUAAGUAUUAUCCUAU